GAAUAAAAAGAACAAUAAUACUAACAUGGCUACUACAACACCAACUAAUGUGACUACUACUAAUAAUAGUAGUAAUACUAGCAAACGUGAUAAAAGACGUCGUCGGAAUCGAUUGCAUCAUCAUCACCACCAGCAGCUGCAGCAGCAUAAUCCUCAACGACGGACAAAUAGUAUGGGUACAGAUACAACUGAUCACUUGUCAAUCAUUGAUGAUGAUGACGCCGACGAUGUUGAUGGUGUCGAUAAUCAUCAUCAUCAUCACUAUCGAUCGAGGAAUCCAUCAAUAAAUUUCACUAAUCAUCUUGCUACUUCUGAUUGGACAAAUGAAAAUAGUAGUAGUAGUGCUAAGCCUAGUAGUAUAACACGACAUAAACGAAAUCGUGUACGAAUUUUAGAUAACUCGUCGAAUCCACUGACAAGUAUGCCCACUGGUAAUGCUACAAUAGCAACAACGACAACAACAGCGACACAAAAUCUACAAAGACAAAUAGCGAUUGAUCGAUCCUGUGUCAGUACUACUACUAAUAACAGUUGUUGUAAUGGUAGUACAUCAGGUUUACUGUGUAAUAAUAAUCUACAUCAACACUGUUAUCACCACGACCAUACCCACGCCUAUCAUCAACAUCGGCAUUCAACGACAAAUGAUAAUGAGGCAUCACUCAUCACAAAUCAUCGUUAUUCUACUUCUUCAACGUGUAAUUGUUGUUCUGGAGUAGCAGAUUUUAAGUGUAGGUAUUCAUUAAUUGAUAUCCCGCCGGGUGAUUUAAUCAAUAAUAAUAAUAACACGUUGUCAGAGGUGGUGACACCGUCAUCAUUACCUAUGAAUAAUAAUAAUGAUAAUAAUGAGGAGACAGAAGGUCAAGAAGAAGAAGGUGAUGAAGGACAAAGAAGAAUCAGUAUUCUGAGUGAUAGUCAUGUGAUGAUGAUGAAUUGUCUUCUAUCUGAUAAUCUGAUUACAUCAUCUAAUACUACUGCUACUACAACCAAUACCACAACUUCAGUUAGACCAGUUCAUUCGAAUCGACACACUUCCAAUGGAUCACAGAGUAUACGAUCAAAUGUAUCUAACAUUCCAUGUAUAUUUACUGCUUAUCCUAAUCAUCAUGAGAAUAACUGCCACAAUUUCACUACACCAUCAUCAUGUACACAGUCGUCUGGUCGACGUUCAUCUGCUAUCAGUGCUUAUCAUCAAACAUCAUCAUCCUCUGGAAUAACAACAACAACAACAGGAGGAGCAGGAGGUUCAUCAAUCUCUGAUCAAAUGCAUAAAGCUAACCAUUUGUUACAUCAUACAAAUCGUGUACAUUCAUUAACAAAUAAUAAUAAUAGUAACAAUGUUUAUUGUGAUUCUCCACCUGAGUCGUGUUCAAGUUCAGUUAGAUUAAAUUAUCAAUCAGAUCAUUACUAUGGACAUAAUAAUAAUACUAAUAACAUAACUGGUGGUUGUAGUGGCAGUAGCAUUAGUGGUGGUUGUAGUGGUUGUAGUUUAAUAAAUUCUGCUCGAGGAGAAUAUUAUGAUGAUACUGGCUUUGAUUUCACCUUGUCGUCAUCGUCUCCUCCGCCUCCGUCUACUCCUGCUCCACCACCAUCACAACCUCUUCCAUCAGGAGGACCAGCAGCAGCAUCCUCUUGUCAAUCGAAAUUAUUCUAUCCACGUCCUAUGCAUAACAGUGUUGUCGGCGGUGGUGGUUGUCAUCAGCAACAUCAUCAUCACCAGCAAACAGUUGACAGUCAUUAUCAUACUGGUGGAAGUCAACAAAGUGGUGGAGGUUUAUUCCAGUCAACAAAUACUGAACAACAACGACGUUAUUCGUUAUCAUCAUUACCAUUCUGUGAAGUGAACUUGGCAUCACCUAUCAAUAGUACAAGACAGUCAUCUAAUGGACCAUCGAAUCGUCGACGUGUUAGCCUUCUUGUAGACGGUGUACGCUUUUUAAUCGAUUUGGAUUUACUACAAGCCCAUCCGAAUACAAUGCUUGGUCGUAUGUUUAAUUCACAAUUUUUAGAAACAAAAUAUUUAUAUGAUUAUCCACCAGGUCCUGUCUGCGGGAGUGGGAGUGGUGGCGGUUGCGGUGGCUCCAGUAGUUAUUGUCAGUCAACAUCAAUUGAAAGUAGUCCACCAAGUGAUCGAAAAUCUCAACCAACUACAAAUACAUCUACUGCUGCCUCUGUUGCGACAACAACGACAACAACAUCAGGUGGAAUGUUUAAUACAAAUCAUUCCUCGUCUUCAUCGUCAACAGUUCAUCGUUACCAUCAGCAUCAGCAUCAUAACCAUCAGAGUUAUAAUACUCCUUAUCAAAUGCAUCAUCCACCUGAUAUAUCAAUUGCUCAAGAUUCAAAUAUCUCCGCUCAAGUAUUUCGUACACUACUCGAUUAUUAUUUAAUUGGUCGGAUGACAUGUCCACCGGGUGUAUCAGUACAAGAGUUAAAAGAAGCCUGUGAUUACUUUCUCAUACCAUUCAAUCAACAAACUGUACAUUGUGAAAAUCUACGUGCAUUUCUACAUGAAUUAUCUAAUGAUGGUGCACAUAUUAUAUUUGGACAAUUUCUUGAAACACAUAUUCUCAACUUAUUGAUUAAAUGCACACAACUAGGUGAACGUGAAUGUCAUAUUGUCAUUGUAACAGAUGAUGAAAUUAUCGACUGGGAUCCUGAAUAUCCUCCACAAAUGCCAGAGAAUGAAUUAAACUCGCAUAUUAUCUAUAGUACACAAAUGUUUCGAUUUUUAAAGUAUAUCGAGAAUCGUGAAGUGGCUAAACAAGUCCUAUUGGAGCGUAGUUUGAAAAAAAUUCGUAUCGGUAUUGAAGGUUAUCCAACGUGUAAAGAUCGGGUGAAAUUUCGUCCUGGUGGUCGACCUGAAGCUAUUUACAAUUAUGUCCAGUGUCCAUUUCUACGUAUGUCAUGGGAAGAAGAGGAGAAUAAAUCGAGACAUGUUGAUUUUCAGUGUGUAAAGAGUAAAUCGGUGAGUGAUUUAACAAGUGGAUUAGAACAAGCUGUAAUCGACCCAUUGCCACCGCAUUUAGUUGCUCAUUCAAAUUUCAAUGGACAGUCAAGAACAUCUGGAAUAGAUCCUCUGGUGACUGCUGCUGCUGCUUCCGGAGGUGGUGGUACCAAUGUAUCCUCUUCAUUAGGUGUAGAAACUCAAACUACUCAUCAUACUACACUUGAGCACAGUAUCACUGAUAAUAUUGUUUCAAAUACAAUUGAUGACAUUUCAUCUAGGCAUAAUAAUACUUUACUGAACACUCAUCAGAUGAUCACCAAUGAGGAUAACAGUAAUAAUGAAGAUUCAGUCUACUUGACUCAUCAAUUACCACCGACCUUAUCAAAUCUAUCGAUUGUCACUUCUGAAUUAGGAUCGAAUUCAGAUGAACCAGAUUCAGCUACUCCAUUGUAUAAUGCUGCUUCAACAAUAGAAGGACAAGAUGAUCCUGUUUCACCGACAUCACCACCAUCAACUACUUGACUGUUUAUUGUGCACAAAAUUCAAUCGAUUGAAUUACUUCGUUCGUUAAGUUGGUCAUCAUCUCUGCUUUCUGUGUGUGUCUGUGUGUGUGUCACACAAAUA